CUGAGAGCGUUAAUGACACCGGCCGAGGAAGCAGCAUGUACAGGAAGAGGACGUUGAUUAAAAAUCAUCGUGAACUCUGAAAUCAUUUAAUUUGGCGAAAUAGUUAGCUAGUUAGGCAUGUUAUAUCGCAUUUAACACAGUGGCUGUCCAGUUUGAAUCACCCCUGUCCGUAACAGGGAUAUAGAGACUUGCUACUUCACUAUUGCGCUCUUCUAGUUGGCAAUAUUUAAUGUUUUAAGAGAUUAAAUAUGAGUUCUGUGAGACACUUCGUGUACAGUAGGUGGUUGUUUCACCACAGUAAAUUUGUGAACACAGUUUGCUUGCAUGGCAGUCAGAGAAGACUGUUUAGUACUACCAAAAGCAGCAGGACUAUCAUGCCUGCCUGGGUUAUUGAUAAGUAUGGAACCAAUGACGUGUUAAGAUUUACAAAAAAUGCCAGUUUCCCCGUCAUCAACUACCCCAAUGAGGUCAUUGUCAAAGUGUUUGCAGCAGGACUGAAUCCACUUGAUGUCUACAUGAGAGGUGGCUAUGGCGCUGCAACAUUGUCGAUGAAGAGAGACCCUCUUAAUAUGAAGCAGUCCGGCAGCGAGUUCCCUCUCAUCCUGGGACGGGAUGUGUCGGGGGUCAUCAUGGAGUGUGGCUUGGAUGUGAAGUACUUCAGAGAAAGGGAUGAGGUGUGGGCAGCCAUCCCACCAUGGAAACAGGGCAGCUUGGCUGAGUUUGUGGUGUUGAGCGGCAAUGAGAUAUCCCACAAACCACCGUCACUGAGCCACACAGAGGCAGCAGCCAUUCCUUACGUGGCAACCACUGCUUGGUCGGCACUUGUCAACACCGGUGGGCUCAGCAAGGACAACUGUGCCAAGAAGCGGAUUUUGAUCCUCGGAGGAUCAGGGGGAGUGGGAACAUUUUCGAUACAGAUGCUGAAGGCUUGGGGAGCCCAUGUGACUGUUACCUGCUCCCAGAAUGCAGAGCGGUUUUUAAGGGACCUGGGGGUGGACCAUGUUGUGGACUACACUGCUGGACCUGUAGAGGAGCCACUCAGUGCGUUGGAGAAAUUUGAUCUGAUCCUGGAUAAUAUUGGGGGCGACACAGAGCGCUGGGCGCUGACUCUGCUCAAACCUUGGAGUGGGGCCAAGUACGUCACCCUCGUAACGCCGUUCCUGCAGAACACCGACACGCUGGGCGUUGCUGAUGGCAUGAUGCAGAGUGCUGCCACAGUGGCCUCCAAGGCCCUCAAGCACCUCGUCAAAGGAGUUCACUACCGCUGGGGAUUCUUUUCACCCAGUGGUCCUGCAUUGGAUGAUAUAAAGGAAAUGGUGGAUGCAGGAAAGAUUCGGCCCGUGGUGGAGGAGACUUUCAGCUUUUCCCAGGUUCCCCAGGCUUUAGAGAAGGUGGAGAAAGGUCACGCUCGCGGAAAGACUGUGGUCGAGGUCAGCAAAGCGGGAGAUGGCUUAUAGCACUGACUCUUGGAGACUCUGUACAUUUAUCUGCAAAAUAAUGAACGGAAUGAAUUAAACUUAUUUGAGUGCAA